AUGGUGUCUGUGGAAGAUUGGUUCAGGCGCGAAUUCCUCCAACCGAGGCGUGCUAUCUUCAACUUCCUCUUCUAUGGCACCCAUCUCAUGUGGUUCGCUCUGGGUUGGUACCUGCAAGAGACGAACCAGCACCUCGCUGCCUUGAACGGACUGACUUAUUCCGUGUGGACGUCUCGUGGUGCCGGUCUUUGCCUGGCCUACGAUGGUGGUCUGAUCCUCCUGCCCAUGCUCCGCAACAUCAUCCGCAUCAUUCGUCCCCGUGUGACAGCGCUCUUCCCGGCAGAUGAGAACAUCUGGUUCCAUCGCCAGGUCGCAUACUCCAUGGCGUUCUGGGCGACCGUCCACACCACGGCCCACUACGUCAACUUCAUCAAUGUCGAGCGCACUCAGGUCCGUGAGGAGCUCGCCCUCGAUAUCCACUACACACAGCCCGGCGGUAUCACCGGUCACUUCAUGCUCUUCAUCAUGCUUUGCAUGUACACGACCGCCUACCACAAGGUCCGCCACCAGUGCUUCGAGGCCUUCUGGUACACGCACCACCUUGCGUUCUUCUUCUUCGUCGGCCUUUACACGCACGCUACCGGAUGCUUCGUUCGUGACUCGGUCAACCCCGACUACACCGCCAGCUUCCCGUACUACUCGACCGAGCACUGCCUUGGAUACGAGUCGUGGCGUUUCAUCAUCUGGCCCGGUGUCAUCUACUUCGGCGAGCGUGUCUUCCGCGAGUACCGUGCCCGCCGCCCGACGCGUCUGUCCAAGCUUCUCGUCCACCCCAGCGGUGCCAUGGAACUGCGCAUUGUCAAGCCCAGCUUCAAGUACGUUGCUGGGCAGUGGCUCUUCAUCCAGGUGCCCGAGGUUUCGCAGCUCCAGUGGCACCCCUUUACCAUCACGUCUGCGCCCGAGGACCCUUACGUUUCGGUGCACAUUCGUCAGGUUGGUGACUGGACGCAGGCCCUCGGCGAGCGUGUCGGCGCCGGCCCGUCCGUCGUCGCAGCGCUUACCAAGGCCGCGAUGAAGGGCGAGGUCAAGGACGACGAGAAGAACGGCGACAUCAAGGACGAGACGGACCCUGCCUCGGCUGCACCCACCCGUGGUGACUUCGUCGAGCUCGACCCCGCCACGACCAACCGCACGAUGCCCAUGGUCCGCAUCGACGGCCCCUACGGUGCUCCGGCGGAGGAUGUGUUCAACGCCGAGGUCGCUGUGCUCGUCGGUGCCGGUAUCGGUGUCACUCCCUUCGCCUCGAUUCUCAAGCACAUCUGGUACCGCCAGCGCAGUGGGAACCUGGGCAACCUCCGCCGUGUCGAGUUCUUCUGGAUCUGCCGUGACGCUCCGUCGUUCGGUUGGUUCCAGAGCUUGCUGCAGGAGGUCGAGGCGGCGCAGACGGACCCGAACUUCUUGCGCAUCAACAUCUACUUGACGCAGAAGAUCGACGAGGACAUGAUGUGGAACAUCGCUGUCAACGACGCUGGUGCGGCUUACGACCCGCUUACGCUCCUCCGCACCCGCACGCUCUUUGGUCGCCCCGACUUCAAGAACAUCUACAGCCGCCUCCGCAUGAGCAUUGAGGCCGGCCAGUACCUCCCUGGUGCUGGCUCCGGCGUGAAGACGACCGUCGGCACGUACUUCUGCGGGCCGACGCCCAUCGCGCGCGUGCUCAAGGAGGUGUGCAAGGAGAACAACAACGAUAAUGUCAACUUCACGUUCGCAAAGGAGCACUUCUAA